ACCGCUGAGGAGGAAGAAGAGCUGGAGAAACAAAAGGCGGAGAUGGCCCUGCUGAUGGAGGACGAGGGCGAUGAAGCCAAACACAAACACUUUAAUUACGAUAAGAUCGUGGAGCAGCAGAAUCUGAGCCAGAAGAAGAAGAAGCUGCUGAAGAAGAAGGGGGAGGAGCUUCAGCAGGAAGACCAAUUCCAGGUGGAUGUGAAGGACCCUCGUUUCCAGGCCAUGUUCACCUCCCACCUCUUCAACCUGGACCCCUCCCACCCCAGCUACAAGAAGACCAACGCCACGCAGAGCAUCCUGACGGAGAAGCAGCGCCGCAGAGACGAGGAGCAGCGGCGCCUGGAGGACGGGCUCAGAGAUCAGGGGGAGGGAGCCGACAGGAAGCAGGUGGCGGGGAAGAAACGGGAAAAGGACCGUGACGCCGCGGCGGCGGUCGACCUCACCUCGAAGAAAGCGAUGGACCCGAGUCUGUCUAUGCUCGUCAAGUCGAUUAAAAGCAAAACGGAGCAGUUUCAGGCUCGCAAGAAACAGAAACUGGUGUAGGUGGAACUCUCAACACAAAAGUGUGCAGACCGGCAGAGACUGGGAGAAGUCCCAGCCUGCAGGAACAGUUUCUCCUGAUGAACUCUACUUCCUGUUUGAUGUUUUUAUACAGAAAGAGACGCCACAAAGUAGAAGAAGGUGCAGGAAAAAGUGAAUGGUGCUGCAUCACAUGCUGUGAGAAUGUUUUAUUUGGACAGUUUCUUCACACAGAACUCUUAAAGAAGCCCUGCAGUUAUUUUCAAACACAUGAAGAAGAAGAGAGCGACGCCCUGGACCUCAAGAAACACGUUCACCAUCAUGACACCGAGGUUUUUACUUUAGUAAAUCACUUUUCACAUUUCAGCUUUCUUUGGGGGAGAUUGUUCCUCCAGCAGCUGUGAGCUGAUGUUUCUGUGAGCUGUCAGCAUCUUACCCCGUUUCCACGUACUCCAAGAGCGUCGCGGUCGGUCAGCGCCGUGCACGGUCAGCGCCGUGCACUACACCGCAGCUCACCGCCACUCUACUCAAUGAUCGUGUUUCCACAGCGAGCGCCGCGUUUCAAACACGCUGUGAGUCUGUUUCUGACGGAGCACGCUGCAGGCACGCGUCAAGCUGGACAGGAAGUCAGACGAGGAAACACACGGAACGCCCUGUCAAUUUCAAAAUAAAACACAACAUACGGACUCCUGAUCGUAUUUUCCAUCACUCGUAGUCGGAGUAGUUCUCCUGUGAAGGAUCCAGUGGGGGCAGAGUGCGCCGCCCGAUGGAGCAAAAACCGCGGCGCUGACAGACCGCGGCGUGCACGGAGUGUGUGUGAAUUGGGAGUGACAAAGUGACGCUGUUUCUAAAGUGGUGAAAAGUUUUCUUUCUUUAAAUGAAUGUUUCUUUGGUAACUCGAGUUCCAAUAAAGAGAAGUUUGUGAUGUGAAGAUGAUCUGGCAUGAGGAUAAUUUUAUCUGCAGGUCAAAUGAAGAUGACAACAUAACAUCUUGUGAA